AUGGCUGCUUCUUCUUUCACUGUUUCUUCCACAAAUCUUCAAGCGAAGCAUCAUGUUUUCCUUAGUUUCAGAGGCGAGGACACCCGCUACAAUUUCACCAGUCAUCUCCACAAAGCUCUGAGUCGGAAAAUGAUUGCAACUUUUAUCGACAAUAAACUCCAGAGAGGAGAUGAAAUUUCACCAUCUCUUCUGAAUGCGAUCGAAGGAUCAAAGAUUUUGGUUAUCGUUUUCUCCAAAGAUUAUGCGUCUUCGAGAUGGUGCCUCCAAGAACUUGUGAAAAUCCUGGAAUGCAAGAACAUGCAUGGAGGGAUCGUGAUACCGGUUUUCUAUCAUGUUGAUCCAUCGGAUGUAAGAAAUCGAACCGGGAGUUUUGGAGAUGGAUUUACUGAGCUUGAAGAACGAUUUAAGGAGCAACCAGAGAUGGUGCAGAGAUGGAGGAGUGCUUUGAGUGAAGCAGCCAAUCUGUCUGGCUGGCCUUUGAAUGACAAGACGUCUGAAGCUGAAAUUGUGAAGGACCUAGUCGAUGAUAUUUUGAGGAGAUUGAGAAAUGUUAUAUCUCCGAGUGAUAACAAGAACUUGGUUGGAGUAGAAUCAACUAUCGAAGAAUUAAUUGAGUUGUUAUUGAGCAAAGAUGUUUGCACUCUGGGAAUUUGGGGCAUCGGCGGUAUAGGUAAAACAACUAUUGCCCGUGCUAUAUUCAAUAAAAUCUCGAAUUAUUUUGAAGGAUUCUACUUUGCUGAAAAUGUUAGGGAAGAAUUAGAAAAUCCUAAUGGACUAGUUCACUUGCGAGAAAAACUUCUUUCUGCUAUAUUAGGGGAUCAAAAUCCCAACACGGGAUGCUACAUCACAAAAAAAAGGCUUGGUCUAAUGAAGACUUUCAUUGUUUUCGAUGACGUAACAGAUUUUCAACAAAUAGAAGAUCUAAUUGAAGAUUAUAAAAGCAUGGCUUCAGGAAGACGAGUCAUUAUAACAACCAGAAAUAAACAAGUGCUAGAGAACUGCAAAGUAGAUAGAAUCUACGAAGUUAAGAAAUUAUCUCAUCCAGAAGAUCUACAUCUUUUUAGCCGAUAUGCUUUCAAACAAAAUCUCAUCCCAGAAGAUUAUUUGCGGCUCUCAAAUAAGGUAGUAAAUUAUGCUAAAGGUCUUCCAUUAGCUCUAAAAGUGUUGGGUUCAUCUCUAGUUAACAAGAGUGUAGAAGUUUGGGAAAGUACAAUAAGUAAACUAGAAGAAACUCCUCCUUUGAAUAUUUACAAGGUGUUAAAAGUAAGUUAUGAUGGACUGGAUGGUGAGGAGCAAGAUAUAUUUUUAGAUAUUGCAUGUUUUUUCAAAUGGAAGGACCAAGAUCUAGUAAUAAAAAUCUUGAAGGCAAGUGACUUAAAGGCGGAGUGUGGAAUAAGUGUUCUCGUUGAUAAGUCUCUCGUAACUAUAUCAUUAGACAAUAUGAUAACAAUGCAUGAUUUACUUCAAGAAAUGGGAAGGAAAAUUGUUCGUGAAGAAAAGGAUAUUGGCAAGCGUAGUCGCUUGUGGCAUCCCAAGGAUACUCAUCAUGUGUUGACAAAAAAUAUGGGAACUGAAGCGGUUCGAGGCAUAUGCAUGGACAUGUUUGAAAUAAGAGAUGUACACUUAAAUCCUCUCACUUUCUCAAAUAUGCAUAGUUUGAAAUUCUUGAAGGUCUAUGGAGCUGUUCAUAAUAAGGUGCAUGGGUUUCAAGGCCUGGAAUUUGAUUUCCCAGAGCUAAGAUAUAUUUGUUGGCAUAAUUAUCGGUGGAAAUCUUUGCCAUGCAAUUUUAAUCCCGAGAACCUUGUUGCACUUGAGAUGCGCUAUAGUAAUCUUGAAGAACUUUGGAGUAGUGUCCAGGUUCUUGUUAAUUUGAAAUACAUCGACCUGAGUUACUCAGUGCAUCUACGUCAGAUUGCGGACCUCUCACAGGCCCCGAAUCUUGAGAGUUUGAUUCUCGAAGGUUGUACAAGUUUGAUUGAGAUCAUUUCCCCAUCCACUCGGAAGGUCAAUAAACUUGUUAUUCUGAAUCUAAGAAAUUGCAAAAGCCUCCAUGGUCUUCCACCGGGUAUUCAUCAAUCAAAUUCUCUUAGAUUUGUCAUUCUUUCAGGUUGCUCAAAUCUCAAAACGGCUCCCAAGAUCUCAUGUAACACAGAACAACUAAGUCUGGAUGGAACUGCAAUAAAAGAAUUUUCCUCUACGAAUGAACCACCUUCUAGACUAGUUCAAUUCAGUCUUCAGAACUGUUCAAGGCUUGAAAGACUCCCAAGAAACUUUCAUAAGUUUGAAUCUCUCAAAUAUCUUUCUCUAUCUUCUUGCUCAAAUCUUGAGUCUAUUCCAAAGAUCCCACGCAAGAUAGAAGAGUUAUAUAUUGAUGGAAUUGCAAUAGAAGAAUUGCCCUCAUCAAUUGGGUCUCUAUCCAAUCUACAAACAUUGAGUCUCAGGAAUUGUUCAAGGCUCAAGAGUCUUCCGGAUGGCAUUUGUAAGCUAAAAUCUCUCAAGUAUCUGUCUCUCUCUGGUUGCUCAAACAUCAAGACAAUUCCAAAGAUCUCAUGUAAGAUGGAGCAAUUACAUUUAGAUGAAACGGCAAUAAAAGAAUUGCCCUCGUUAAUCGAGUAUCUAUCCAGUCUAGUCACUUUGAGUAUAAAAAAUUGUUCAAGUCUUGAGAAUCUUCCGGACGAAAUCUGUAACCUGAAAUCUCUCAAACAUCUCAAUAUCUCUGGUUGUUCAAAACUCGACAGAUUGCCUGAGGACAUCGGAAAUCUGCAAAGUUUGGAGGUGUUUGAAGCUAAUGGAAUUGCUGCAACCAAAUUACCAUCAUCCAUGGAAAGUUUGAGCAACAUUCGUGAAUUAUCUUUUGAGAGAUGGAAAGGGCAAGAGCUUGUGCGUUCUCUUUCUCCUAUGUUAUCAGGUUUGAAGCUUUUUAAGAAACUAAACCUGAAUGACUGCAAUAUCACAGAAUUACCCAACAGUCUUGGCGAUUUAUCCUUUCUGGAACAUUUAUAUCUUUCUGGAAACAAUUUUGAGAGCAUUCCAGCAACAAUCAUCAACCUUUCGAAGCUAUCGUCGCUCGACUUGAGCCACUGCAACAUGCUUCAAUCCUUACCAAACCUUCCUGGUGACAUACAACUUCUGGUAGCAGAUAGCUGCAAAUCUCUGCAAACAUUAUCCGAUUUGCCGAUUCCAAGCCAUGGCUAUUUCAACGGUAAUCUCAGCUUCAUUAAUUGCUUCAAUCUGGACUGGAGAACGCUCACAAAAAUUCUAGAUUACGCUCUGUCAAAUAUGUAUGAAAAGGCCUCUUACACUCACAAGAGUCCUUUCAGUUACAUGUGUUUCCGAGGAAGCGAAAUUCCCGAGUGGUUUAACUUUCAAAGUACUGCAUCAUUUCUAGAGCUCCCGGAAGGCUCGUUGAAUCAUAAUUUCAUUGGCUUCACCUUCUGCACCGUGUUAUCGUUCCAGGAUUAUAAAGCUGGGACGUUGCAUGUUAAAUGCGAGUUGCUUCUGAAAUGCGAAGAUGGCUUGAAGAAAAUGGGGAGCGGCAGCUUUUUAGCUUGGAACAAAGAGUAUGCGCCCUCCCAUGUCGAGUUUGAUCAUGUGUUUCUGGGAUAUGAUUGUCAAGUGAAUGAUAAACCGGAAUGGGAUGAAUUCCCUGAGGCCAUUAUCAAGUUCAGUGUUACAGAUGAAGAAUGCGUGGUGAAGAAGUGUGGAGUCCGUUUAUUGUUCAGCCAGGAGGAAUCAAUGAAUGAAUCCAGAUUAUGUUUGCUCUCCGAUGAGGAUGAAGAUGAGGAAGAUGAGCCACAGUGA